GGUCUACUUGUCGCAGAUGCUUGAAUCCCUCUUUGCAAACAUUGAAGACUCCUUUCUGCUGAAAAAGAAAACUUGUUAGGUACAAGAGUUUUACAUUCUGUCCAUAACUACCUGAGCUUUGUGAAUGGAUACAGGUUUCAAUAACUAAUGUUUAUUGCUUUCUGAUUUUGCGCCACAUACAGCGUAACAAGGUCAUCUCUAUUCCUUGUAAGGAAUUAGAAUUAAAGUUGGGUUUAUCAUUUCCGAAGUGGACUUUGCAAUGAACAUUAAAUUAAUAUCGGCCCAAGGUAUAUGUAGCCGCAAUAUCUAUCGACUUUUGAGGAGGAAUUCAGCAUCGCAAGCAAUAAAGCCGUUCUUUUAUCAAGAUAUAUUGCAGUUGGAGAAACCACCAUAUGCAGACACACCUUUUCGAAAGCUAACGGGUUCGUAGGAGUAUUUUUAAGUACUCAGCGCAUUUAUAGGAGAUCUGGUUUCUAUUAAGGAGUUUGACAAUAUACGGCUUCUGAAAGUCGAUUCGUUGGCACUAACGUUGUUGUCCGAGCAAGCCAUGAUAGACGUUGCUCAUCUGCUAAGACCUGCUCACCUGCAAUCUCUUUCAAAUAUCCUCAAGGAUCCUGAGGCAUCUUGCAACGAUAAGUUUGUCGCACUUGAACUCCUGAAGAAUGCCAAUGUCGCAUGCGGUAUGAUCCUACCUGGUUGUCAGGAUACUGGCACGGCUAUAUGUAUGGGGAAAAAGGGUCAGUUCGUCUGGACAGAUGGGGAUGAUGCAGAAUCUAUUUCACGUGGUGUAUAUAAUACAUACACAUCCAAGUUCCUUCGUUACUCGCAAGUUGCUCCGCUAGAUCUGUUUACGGAAAAAAACACUUGCACUAAUCUACCAGCACAAAUUGAAAUAUAUUCAACGAGCGGCAGCGAAUACAAUUUUUUAUUUGUUGCGAAGGGUGGAGGGUCUGCCAAUAAAACUUUCUUGUAUCAACAGACAAAGGCUCUUCUCAAUCCUAAUAGUUUGUACUCAUUUGUCAGUGAGAAAAUUAAAACGUUGGGAACUGCCGCUUGUCCUCCGUAUCAUUUGGCGGUUGUUAUUGGUGGGACCUCAGCUGAAUUUACUCUAAAAACUGUGAAGCUUGCAUCAUGCAAGUACUUGGACCAUCUUCCGUCAAUAGGUAAUGAACAUGGAAGAGCUUUUCGUGAUCGAGAGGCUGAAGAAAAAAUAUUGGAAUUAACUCGGAAAGUUGGGAUAGGAGCACAGUUUGGGGGAAAAUACUUCUGUCAUGAUGUACGGGUAAUCCGCUUGCCCAGACAUGGAGCAUCAUGUCCCGUUGGUAUUGGCGUCUCUUGUUCUGCAGAUAGGCAGAUUCUGGGAAGAAUAACUAAUGACGGAGUUUUUCUUGAGCAGUUAGAAAGUGAUCCAUCUAAAUAUUUACCUGAUCCAUCUUUUAAUCAACUUCCGACUGAUGUUGUGAAAGUGAAUCUGAAUCUCCCAAUGAAAGAAAUUUUAGCUGAACUUUCUAAGUACCCAAUCAAAACUCGUUUAUCACUAACUGGGACUUUAGUUGUCGCUCGUGAUAUCGCCCAUGCAAAGAUCAAGGAACGUCUUGAUUCUGGCCAACCAAUGCCUGACUAUUUACGUAAUCACCCAGUAUAUUACGCUGGUCCAGCUAAAACACCUAUGAAUUAUCCUAGUGGGUCUUUUGGACCAACCACAGCUGGUCGCAUGGAUUCUUAUGUUGAUCAGUUUCAACAGGCCGGAGGAAGUAUGAUUAUGUUGGCCAAAGGUAACAGAUCAAAAGCUGUGGCAAAUGCAUGUAAAAAACAUGGAGGCUUUUAUCUAGGUUCAAUUGGUGGUCCAGCUGCAAUUCUUGCUCAGAAUUGUAUAAAAAAAGUCGAAGUUCUUGAAUAUCCUGAACUAGGAAUGGAGGCCAUUUGGCGUGUUGAAGUUGUAGAUUUUCCUGCUUUCAUAGUUAUCGAUGAUAAAGGCAAUGAUUUCUUUAAAGAAUGGCAAGUAGAAUGAAAAAGAAACUAAUUGGCGAAAUACUUUUAAAAAAUAUCUGAAAGUUUUUCUUUCUAAUUUCAUUUAUUGGUUUAUCAAUUUAUCUGGUCGUAUCUAUUUUCAUUGUUUAAUUCUUUUGUUGUAACUUGUUCUUUAAUUGUGAAUACAAGUCAUUCACAAUAUACAGCUACUCAGGUGUGUUAUCUUAGUGUCAGAUGUUAAGCAAUUAAUUGAUUUGAUGACUGUAAUCUUCUGUGCUAUUUCAUUAAAAUAAAACCAUCUUAACUGAAUCAAUAUUUCAGUUGUCUUACAACGGGGUCGGUUUC